AUGGAUGCGACGCGACAGAAGAUCGUCAUCGCGGAGGUCAUCAACGUGGCUCGCCGCAACGCAGACUUGCGUAAGCAGGUCCGCUUCCGAGGGCUUCCUGACACAGAAAUUCCUCUCGUGCCCGACGAGUGGGAGCCCUAUCAGCGGAAGUACAUCUGCACCCACGGCUGGAAGGAGCGUGAGAGAUCGACGGGGAAGAGGACGUCGCACAAGCUCCGCCGCACUGAGUGUCCGUUCCAGAUGCUUGCACAAGUCGUCCUUCGCCGAGAUGGAAAGUUGGGCAUCGUCAUGAAGCGAGAUAUCUACAGCCACAACCACCCCAUUUCCGACGACAUCUACAGGUCUUACCCAGGUAUUCGCCAGGUUCCUGCCGAGUCUCCGCUCAUGCCCGGAAUCGAGCUCCUGGUCGACGCCCAAGCCAGCACUUCCAGCGUGUACAAGUACAUCAGGGAGAACUCGAACCACCGCGUCGCGAUGGACGACGUGCAAGUGGUUAUGCUGCUGUUCUAUAUUAUAUGUGUGCUGAUGCUUAUACUACUUAUGACUGCAGGCGUGGAACUGUCCGAUGGCGACGCGGUUGCGGAGAUGAUCCUGAACUUCAAUGGAGAGUCGCCCGCUAACGUAGCUUCCGUUCACGAAAGCCAACGAGGAGAUACUGGUGUUAUAUCGUUUACCAGUGGACACAUGCGCGCGAUGGUAGACAACUUUCCCGAGGUUCUGCAGAUGGACUGCACACAUCAGACAAAUCAGUGA